CACAGUAUAAUCCAGACCACUGUUUCCUUCUGUGUCCUGUGUUUUUUGGAGAACUUCCCUCAGUUCGGAUCAGGCAACAGUUCCGCUUGUCGUAUCAAGUUUCGUAGAUAACUUAUUCCGUUCAUUUAGACCAAUCGUGAUCGAAAGAUCGGGAAAAGUAAAACCCUUCAUUUUCAACUAACCCACUGUGAGAAGACGUGCAGUCACCACAGAGACCAGUGUGAACUUGGGACGUGAAGAACCAAUGCAGCGUGGUUCAUCGAGCCUCUCACCAGUGGAAAGGACACACCACAGGAGAGAAGAUCUACACACGUAUUGCAGAGGCAUUAAUGUCAUCAGACAGAAUGGCUCUUCUGAUCGCUCUGCUCAUGAUAGUGGGAGCUUUUGGAACAGAGUGGAGUGUGAAGUACAACCAACAGGAAAUCUGUGCUUUAAAAGGAUCCACAGUGUUUAUGAGUGGAACUCUCACUCACCCGGGUGGUCUGAGAGUGACAGAAGUUUUCUGGGUUAUAGAUCCAGCUCUGAAUCUGAGUUGGCCUGAUAUGUCCAAGAACCCAGAUUUCUCAGGCAGAGUCGAAUAUUUGGGUGAUGAACAGAAAUUAGUUUCCCUUAAACUGAGAGAUGUAAUGAAGAAGGAUGAACAUGAGUACUGCGUCAGAAUCAAGACAGAUCAAGAAAUGCAGAAAUAUUUGCAAAGACCUGGAGUUAGGCUCACUGUCACAGAGCUCUGUGUAGAAGCUCCCGAAGAAGUGACCGAGGGAGAAACAGCAGAUCUGACAUGUAAGACCACCUGCAGUCUGACUGACCCAACAUUCAUCUGGUACAAAAAUGGACGUCCUUUAACCACAAAGACAAUCAAGAACAACCAGCUACACCUGCAGACGGUCAGCAGUGAGGAUGCAGGCAGUUAUAGCUGUGCUGUAGGAGGAUCUCAACACCUCCGCUCUACUGCUCACAGCCUCAGAGUCAGAUAUCCUCCAAAGAGUGUCUCAGUGUCCAUCAGUCCCUCUGGUGAAAUAGUGGAGGGCAGUUCGGUGACUCUGACCUGUAGCAGUGAUGGAAACCCACCUGUGAAGAUGUACACCUGGUUUAAGGGAUCAACGCCAGUAGGAGAAGGAAAAACCUACAGCAUUCCCAACAUCAGAUCUGAGGACAGUGGAGAAUACACAUGCCAGAGUCGGAAUGAUCUUGGAGAGAGAAGAUCCACUGAUUUGCAGAUAAAUGUUCUUUAUCCUCCUAAGAGCGUCUCAGUGUCCAUCAGUCCCUCUGGUGAAAUAGUGGAGGGCAGUUCAGUGACUCUGACCUGCAGCAGUGAUGGAAACCCACCUGUGAAGAUGUACACCUGGUUUAAGGGAUCAACGCCAGUAGGAGAAGGAAAAACCUACAGCAUUCCAAACAUCAGAUCUGAGCACAGUGGAGAAUACACAUGCCAGAGUUGGAAUGAUCAUGGACAGAGAAGAUCCACUGCUAUUCACUUAAAUGUUCUUUGUAAGUUGAUGAUUACUGUCCCAAAACAAAUGGAGAACAACAAAUAAAGGUGUGAAGGACUUGGGUGAAAACCCAUAAAUACCGGGGUUUAAUUGAAUCAAAUAACAGGAUUUGUUGACUAAUUUUACUUUAGUGUUCACCUGAAACUGGGGAACCCCUGGCCUCCUGGUUCUUCUAAGAUUUUUUUGGGGCUGACAUUCUUCUUAGCCCUCUUUUUCCUUUACUUUGUUGUAUGGGGGACUGUUUGAUUAUUCACUUUACUUUAGCAGCUUCAAUUUCUUCAUCUCUUUGAUUGAGGGUUGUUUGUUUUUAUUCUUUCACAGAUUCUGCUUCUUCUUUGUCUUUAAAGCCGUUUCUUUUCUUUUGCUCUCUGAUUUAUCUGGUCAUCUGUCUACAAGCUGCAGUGCCAAAAUUGUUGUUUGCCAUGGUCUAAAGUGCAGCGUCUUGCCUGGAUUGUGCUAAUCAGCCCAUGGACUUCUGAGAAUUGGAGCUCCCUGGACCAGUGAUGCCUCACCACCAUCAGCCUCCAGCAGAGGCAGAACCACAGGCUGAUCCAUUACAGGAUUGGGUAAUAGCUAAUUUACUUUCAUUCUUGU